AAUGGGGCCUGAGCAAUUAAGAACGAAUGAGGAAUCAGUUUUACUUUCAAAUAUGUUAUCCAUGCCUUUAGACUGAGAAACAUAGAUUUACUACUAUCUGUUUACUAUAUUUUAUUCAUGGCGUAUUCGUUAAGUGUUGGGAAUGCCAUUGCAAUUGUCGGAAAAUGGACCCUGUAUUAUAUGCAAUAUGAAGGCAAGGCAGGUAUAUAUACAGUCCAUUGAGGUCUACCUCAAGGAAGAGCAUAUGCAGGGUUGUUUUGUUAACAGAACUGCCCACACAUACAUAUGGACCUAGGUCAAGCUGACCUCUGUUUCUUGUUCACUGAAGGGUGCACCCUAGCAUGACCCAUGUGUGGCAUAGGCUAUUAUUCACAUGGACAUGGUCAGCCACUGUUAUGGAGUGCGUUUAAAACUGUUUGAGUAAGCAAGAAGCACACCAGUCUCCACAUCAGUUUUGGUAUACAUUCACAUUCUGAUAUAGAAAGAUGAAGAAGUUGACUGAUAACCAAAAGGCUGUUGUGUCUGGAACUAACAGAAAGGCAUUGUUGCUGUCUAUAUGUGUUGGGGCCUUCGCACUGAUUGUAUAUCUGAUUCCAUCACCUAUUGACCCUAAACCUUUCAGAUUUGACAAGCCACCACCAAAAUUAGAAGGCCCUUUAGCUCCAAAUUUUAACCUCCAGAAGGCAAGAAAACUCUUUGAGGGUAAAGUUGCUGGCCCAGAAUCAUUUGCAGUCGACAAAAAUGGUAAAAUUUACACUGGUGGUUCUGAUGGCAAGAUUUGGGGAUUCCAAAGUGGACAAAUCCAGCUUGUGGCUAUUACUGGCAAAAAUCAUUCAAAUUGUGGUAGUUUUGAGCUUGAGCCAGUUUGUGGCCGUCCUAAAGGGAUGAAGGUGGACAAGGGAGGUAACCUAAUUGUAGCAGAUGCUUAUCUGGGAUUACUGAAGGUCUCUUUACCAGCAGGAAAUAUUCAGGUCUUGAUACCAAACAACAAAGGAUUGGGUGGAGUGCCAUUUAAGUUUCUGAAUGGACUUGACAUGUCAGAAGAUGAUGUUGUGUAUUUCACAGAUUCCUCCACUAAAUGGGACAGAAGGCACCAUAAAUAUGAGGUGAUUGAGACAAAUAAUUAUGGGAGGCUGUUUGAGUAUGAUCUAAAGACUGGACGCAGUAAAGUGCUGCUUUCAGAGCUGUACUUGGCCAGUGGAGUGGCCUUAUCAUCAGAUGAGAGCUACCUCCUGGUGUCAGAAAUGAGUGUGUGCCGUAUACAAAAAUAUUACCUGAAGGGCCCAAAGGUAGGGAAAUCAGAGUUACUUCUGGAUAAUCUACCUGGUUACCCAGAUAACAUCAGACUUAACAGCCGUGGUAACUUUUAUGUUGGUUUGGCCUCUGUGAGAUAUGAAGGGUCAGGUGUGACAAAACCUUUCCUAGACGUCGUCGCACCAUUUCCAGCAGUGAAACGGUUUGUUGCAAAGGUUUUGCCAUUUUGGGUGUACAGUAUAUUUCUUCCAAAGCACUCUAUGUUGUUGGAGAUCACAGGAGAUGGGGCUAUUCUGGGAAGUCAUCAUGAUCCAACGGCUGAUGUAUUGUCUGGAAUCAGUGAGGGUUUCCAAUAUUUGGAUAAGGUGUACAUUGGACAUUUUGCUUCAACAUUUAUUGGAGAAAUUUCUGUAAAUGAUCUCUGAUGUUUUUCUUCUUAAUGUUAGAUCAGAAAAGUUAGUCGGUGGUUAGUGGUAGGCAAUUGGUUCAAAGGGACCAGUCCUUACUUUUUCAAACUUUUACAUUAAAAAAAUCUCUUAUCCUUUGAAAUACAUAAUACCAAAUUUUACACAGCAUACAUCUGUGGGGCAAGUAGGCAAUUCAACGGCGAUUUGAUUGUAGUCAGAUGAUGUCAGCUUUGGUGUCAACUGAAAGAGAUUUAGAAGUUAUGUAUGAUGUGUAAGUUUGGUUGCUCUAGACCAUUUACUGUUGCCUGUGUGAGCCAGAUGGCUAUUCGACCUGUGUGAGCCAGAUGGCUAUUCGACAUGAUUUGAUUGUAGCGCUCCUGAAGUCUGUUGGUGUCGGCUUUGAUGUCGGGUGAAAGAUGAUCAGAAGUGCUGUACAUUGUGUGAAUUUAGUUGCUCAAGAUCAUUUAGUAUUGUGUGUGUAGGCCAGUAGGCGAUUCGAUGGCAAUUCCGUUGCAACUUUAGUGAAAGAGAAUCAGAAGUAAUGCAUUUUCUGUAAGUUUCGUUGCUGUAGGCAUUUUGGCUUUGCUUAUAAGAGCCAGUAGCGCCCCCUGGAGUCAGAUGGUGUCAGCUUUAGUGUCAGGUGAAAAAGGGUAACAAGAGGUGUAUAUUAAGAUCUACACUCAUACUUACAAAUGUAUAUAUAUAUAAGUAUGCUUACAGCAUGCUUAACUGUAUUUGUUUCAAAACAUAUGUUUGUAGUUUUUUUUACACAAUCUGUAUCAUAAUUUGUUUUUAUACAUUUGUACUUUAGAGACCGACAUUGAUUAACAACUUACUGGUUGAAAUAAACUGAUAUGUAUUAAGUGCUUGAUAUAUUUGUGCAGUUUUCGUAUUGCUCAUGUUUAAAAAAGAAGCCUGUCUUUCAGUCAUGGUUACAAUCCCAGCCUUGGCCAAGGAAUUUGUUGACACUCCACUCUGGCCAUUUAUGGGACCCGGGUGACAAAAAGUAGUUGAUGAGGCACUAGUGGCCAUUUGCGUAGUCUGUUGUUUGUUGAAGACCACUUGUCUUUCAGAAAUAUGUCGUGUAUAUCUUUAAUUAUUUGACAGCUUUAAAACUAGCAUGAAACUUGAAAAUUUGCAGUAAUAGGCCUUUAUGAUCGAGGAAUAGUAUACAUUUGUCUGUUAUAAGCUUUAUAUGCCUUUCAGUGGAAUAAUCUUGGACUUGUUUUGUUGUGGCACAGCAUUUUGAGUAAUUCUAUACCAAAUGCCAAUUGUCUCUGCAUUUGUUUUACCUAAUUCUGCCUAAGCCAUGGUACUAGGGGCGUGCAAUUUACUACUAUUUAAACAUUUACACAAACAUUUAGAUUAAAACCCUAAUCGAGGUAAAUCAACAAGAAGCCCCAUUUCAUCGGCUGCGUGUGACCAUUAGCCAGUUAUUACACUGUCGUCUCAGUUUUUUUUUCUCUGUGUGAUGUAAUUCUUUUAUUAUACAUGUAGUAUUAUUAAUGUGCUAUU